AUAACUUUUAACUUUUUACCCUUUUUUCAAAACGCUCGACUCAGCAAAACUCCUGAAAUGGCUCAAUCGGUAAAAACAUUCUGCGUUUGUCUGUGUCUCGUUGCAUGUUUUGCAAUGGAAGUAAAAGCCCAAACUACCGAUCGCACUGCACAGUUCGAAGCUCUAUGUGACAGAUACAGGCAGGUGGUUGACACGUGUAAAGAAGACCUAAGAGGACUUCUCACAUCUACUGAACAGAACCUGUUUGAUGAAGCUGAGAAUGAUAUGGUGUGUUUGGUAGAGGAAGGAGAGCAGGAUAGCGCUGAUGCCUGUGAAAUCUUGGAGAAAAUUUGCCUUGAAGUUGUCGACUGUUCUUCUACAGCUCGUUUCAGACGUUCUUCGUCUGUCUCUGCCGAAUCAUCAUCCGUUGAAUCUAGUGAAACAGACUGAGGAGGUAAUUUCAGGUCAAAGGUCGAAACACAAUAUCCCAUCUUCCCUGAGGACCAUAUCUAUGAUGCUUUGCCUUGAGUCGUCAUGUGUAUGAAGAUCACUUUUUCAUUUGAUUUUUCUAUAAAUGACAUU